CGCAGCCUCGCAGGGGAGGAAAAGGCAGUCGGGGCGCUGGGACCAGCUCGGGAGCGGGCCGGCCCGUCGCCGCCUAAUCGUAGCCACACCGGCCCCUCUGGAUGUCUCCGUUCGGCAGCCCCGAUCACUUCUCACGCCGCUGAAAAAAGGAGCCGCCGCCGCCGCCGCCGCCGGAGAAAGACCAGGAAGUCCCGCCUGCGGACGAGGAAUCCUCAGACCGCCUCCCUCUGCACGUGACGGAGCCAGCGGCCGUCCAGCCGUGCCUGACCCAAGACCGGAUGUUUGCAAGCUCUGUUUAUGCUUCGGAGCCGGUCGCGGAGAGCCCCAUGUUGGCGUCGCCUGCUCCCUGUAGGUGCCCCCAGAUACUUGCUAACAAACUAUGAGCUUUGGAAGGGAAGAAGCAGCACUAGCAAUUUUCAAAGCUAGUCUUGUGACAGAAACUGACAGCAGCUGAUCUUGGAACUGCAAGAUGGAGAGACAGAAGCUGCUGACCCCAGUGAAUAGCUAUGGGUCUCAGGAUGGAGAUGCAAGAACAAGCUUAGGCUCUGCUUCCUUUCGACCAGAAGAGGAAGAACUCCGCAGGCGUCUCAAGUACUACUUCAUGAGUCCCUGUGACAAAUUUCGUGCCAAAGGCCGGAAGCCAUUCAAGUUGGUUUUGCAGUUGAUCAAGAUCCUAAUUGUGACCAUCCAGCUCAUCCUCUUUGGGCUCAGCAAUCAAAUGGUGGUGACUUUCAAAGAGGAGAACACAAUUACAUUCAAGCAUCUCUUCCUGAAAGAUUACGCAGAUGGAUCAGAGGAAACCUAUGCAGUUUAUACCCAGGCAGAUGUCUAUGACCAUAUGUUCUAUGCAGUGGACAAGUACUUGGCCAUUCCAAAUGAGACCAUCGGGCGCUACGCAUAUGUGAGGAGAAUGGGUGAUAAUCAGUCAGCGCUCCUGCUCUGUCAGCAGUACUACCACAAAGGGAGGAUUGACCCAGCCAAUGACACCUUCAACAUUGACCCCAAGGUCAUCACAGAGUGCCUGGGCGUAGAUCCUCCAGAGAAGAUAUUCUCUCCACUAGACCUUGAAGAAACAUUUCCAGACCUCCCAGAGCCAGACCGCAGCUACAAGAACUUUACUCUCAAGUUUUACAAGCUCAUUAAUGUCACCAUCCAGUUCAAGCUGAAAGCCAUCAACAUCCAGACAAUCAUCAACAAUGAAAUUCCAGACUGCUACACAUUUUCCAUCACAAUCACAUUUGACAACAAAGCACACAGUGGCCGAGUGAAGAUCUAUUUGGACAAUAAAGUGGACAUCCAGGAGUGCAAAGACCCAAGUGUCUAUGGCAAAGGGGACAACCGGUUUCGGAUGGUCUUUGAUGUGAUCGUGCUUCUCAUCUGUGUGCUGUCCUUCAUCUUGUGCUCCCGUUCAAUCAUCCGGGGGCUUCUACUGCAGCAUGAGUUCAGCCAGUUCUUUCAGCGCUGCUACAACCAAGACAUCUGCCUAUCUGACCGCAUGGAAUUUGUCAAUGGCUGGUACAUCCUGCUCGUGGUGAGCGAUGUCCUUACAGUGUCAGGGACCAUAAUGAAGAUUGGAAUUGAGUCCAAGAACUUUGCCAACUACGAUGUGUGUGGCAUCCUCUUGGGCACCUCUACACUACUAGUCUGGGUCGGUGUCAUGCGGUACCUCAGCUUCUUCCAAAAGUACAAUAUCCUCAUUGUCACCAUGCGUGUCGCUCUCCCCAACGUUAUCCGUUUCUGCUGCUGCGUGGCAGUCAUCUAUCUGGGCUACUGCUUCUGCGGCUGGAUUGUUCUGGGACCAUACCAUGUCAAGUUCCGUACCCUCUCAAUGGUCUCCGAGUGCCUUUUCUCCCUCAUCAACGGGGACGACAUGUUUGUGACCUUUGCCGCCAUGCAGCACAGCAGCUACCUGGUGUGGCUUUUCAGCCAGCUCUAUCUCUAUACUUUCAUUAGCCUCUUCAUCUACAUGGUGCUCAGUCUCUUCAUUGCUCUCAUCACUGGCUCCUAUGAAACCAUCAAGCAUCAAUGUGAGGGAGAAGCAGCUGUCACACAGCUCCAUGCCUACAUAGCAGAGUGCAAGGACAGCCCUAGAUCUGGCAAAUUCCGCAGGGAGAGUGCUUCCUCAUGCUCCAUCUUCUGCUGCUGUGAGCGAAACCCACUACAGGAAAAUGUGCUGGUGGUGAACUGAAAGCUCUAGCAUGUGAAAGGAAGGGUCUGCACUGGGACUUCUUACUGGCCUUCCUGAGAUACAGCCUGACUGGAUGUGGCUUGCUGAGACUGAAAAAGCCUGCUGCGGUCUGUUCUGUGGCAAUGACAAAGGCAAGGAUUGGUGGCUCAUGUCAUUGCCUCCUGUGUACUCUUUACGAGUUCCACAUAGAGCCGUUGAGCUAGUCCUUGGCAUCUGAACAAGAGACACCUAGGGCUGGGGAGGGAAUGAAGUUUUCAGUUUGUCUAUCCUUUAAUGAGGCUGCAUUAGACUCUGAAGUCAUUGCCUUUCCCAGGCCAUAUGGAACCCGGAGGUUUGCCAAAGAACUGCAGUGGCAAAUACGGCUCUUAAAGGUUUUUUAUGGAAGAAAAAAAUUCUUAAAGACGUAGCACGAGUAGGUCAAGGCAAAGUAUUUUGUGUUGCUUUUGAGGGCCUUUGAGCCAUCCAUGCUGCCUGCUUAUGGGUGGCUGUUUCAGAUGUUACAUUUGGCUCAGAAGUGUUGCUUUGUUUCCCCAGGCAAGGCCCAAAUGGGAUAAACUACUCUUCACUACACCAGUGUAUUAUCAGACUGGCACCUGCCAAGUUCAGGAUGCUACAGAAUGAAAUUGAACAAAGUCCCGUGCCUCAUCCAUUGCAGGACUCACUUUGGUGGAGGUAUCAUUUAGAUGUCCUGGUUUGGAACAAAUCCUAUUCUAGAUCAGAUGGGGAUGCCAGCCUGUGGAUGGUAUUUCCAUUUCCAUCCUGCAGAAGCUUUGUGGACCUGAAAUUAAUGCUGAAGAUGGCCUACUUUCAAUCAUGUAUUGGUAAAUAAGUUUAUUUUUUCCAGUACUGUCUCCAAAAUAUACAUGGAAGACAGGGGCAUGCUCACUGGGCAAGCAGGCAGUGAAGAACAUACGCCACUGUCAAUAGAAUAGGACUAGGCAGGCAAGGUUUGGCCAGACCUGGAACUCACCAGCUGGCUUCUGACACAGGUGAGUGAGGGCGUACUGUACUGUGGCAGAAGAGAAAAGCAGUAACUUGGUGUUCACAACCAUGCAUGGAAAUACUUUCUGUGAGCGGCUUGGCCUUUGCAGCUGUCUUUUGCAUACAGUUCCAUGUAGGCGAGAUGUCACAACGAGGUAAGGAAUGAAGAUGUCGGCAUAUAUGUUGACAAUUUGAACAAGACACUGACCCUGUUCCCUGUGGCUAUUGCAAUGUGGAACUUCACCUGUUCAGAAGAGUCACAGCAUCCACCCAUCUGGAGUCUACAGGUUCCUAGUCCAGACCUAACUCACGUAUGACCCCUGUAGACCACCAUGGCUUGUUUAAGCCAUAGUGCAGUAUGGUGUAUACCAGUAGCUAUUUAAAAUAUUCUGCCCUAACAGGGCAGUUGCCAUGGUUAGUCAUGUUGUUUACUCCUGAGUGGCAAGGGUUUCUUGAGAGUUAACCCUACAACAGAUCCUGACCGUCAAAUAAACCAUGGUGCAUGGCAGCAAUCACGAGAAUCAGCCUACUUCCUCAACUUAGGUGAAUUCCAGUGCUGGCGUUAUCCCGGAACAGCUGCUUCGAGCAGUAGAUUACAGAGGAGCAUAACUUCUGUUUUUUCUGUGUUUCUUUAAAAAAUGAGCUCCAGUUGCAAAGGAUGAGAAGCAUUUUUGACUUUUCACUUCAGGUAUGGAAAUAUAGAUAGCCAGGUUUAGACAUUGACGUGGUGAACUCUUGUACAGGUUAAUUGUGCUGUCUCUUCCCACUCUUGGAUGGUCCUUUCAGCUAGCUGUGAGUGUUGGUAAAAUGAGCCCAGUCAGUUGACUAUUCCAGCAUUGUCAUAAUGGCCAAUUGUUUUAAAUCAUUAAUUUUGUAAAGUUGUAACAAAGACUUAAUUUUGUUUUUAGUAUUUUGUCAAAAAAAAGAAGUGCAAUUCUGAAUUAGUGCAAUUAUUUAUAAUAUUUUUAAAAGUAUGAAAAUACGAGAACCUUUUAGCUUUCAUGUUGAAGUCCCAGGAUUAGCUCAGUUAAUAAUCUGUAUAUUUAAUUUCAAAUGUAUUUUGCAAAGGAGCUUCCGGAUCUGGUGCUACCAAUUAAAAAGUCUUGUGCAACUA